ACUCCAGGUUGAAUUCAAGAUUUCACUCAACAUUCCCUCUGCUGCCUUUAAGAAAGACAGUUAUUCUUAAACCAUGGCCAAGGAUAUGACUUUGUACUGGGGCUCUGGUUCUCCCCCAUGCUGGAGGGCUAUGAUUGCUCUGGAGGAGAAGGGUCUGCAAGGCUACCACAGCAAGUUGCUGUCUUUUGAGAAACAAGAGCACAAGGGACCAGAAGUUCUUAAACUUAAUCCAAGGGGCCAGUUUCCUGCUUUUCAACAUGGAAAAAUAAUUGUAAAUGAAUCAUUUGCCAUCUGCGAGUAUUUGGAGGACACAUUUAAGGGCCAAGGAACUGCACUGGUACCGCAAGACCCAGUGGACAGAGCAAUGAUGAGGCAGCGGAUGCAUGAGGGGAAUACACUCAUGUCUAAAUUUGUUGAUGUUGCCUUCUACGUCUGGAGAAUCCCAGAAGCUGAGAGAAAUGAAGCAACCCUUAAAAGGAAUAAAGAGGCUCUGACUGCUGAGGUCAAACUAUGGGAGGGUUAUUUGCAAAAGGGUAAUGGGCACUACUUGGCUGGGAAGAGCUUUACAUUGGCUGAUGUGAUUGUAUUCCCUGUCGUUGCUAUGCUCUUCCGCCUGGGGUUGUCUGAAGAAAAAUACCCCAAAUUGGCUGGCUACUACAACCACCUAAAGACUCGUCCCAGCAUUGAAAAGUCCUGGCCUCCAACCUGGAAGGAAACACCUGGCCAGCCAUUGCUCAGCGAUAUCUAACUACUUGUGUCUCCAAUUUGCACUUGUCUGCUUUGACAUCAUUGAUGCACUACUUUGCUACUGUAAGCUAAAAUAAAAUUUUUCAAAUGGUUA